UUCAUCGACUCAAUUAAAUUUCAAACCCUCCUCGCAUCGCGAUUCAAUCAUGGCUACAGUCUCCUUCUGGUUUCUGUUCUUGUUGCUGCCUUCACUGAUAACCAAGAGCUUUUCUUCAGUUUCCCUUUUAGGAAUUGUACAGCCCUUUCCAGAGAACAUUUAUCCUAUUGAGUUCACCUCAGCACAAGUGACCUGUAUUGCUUUUGAUGCGGCAGGAGUCAAGGUCCCAGAGAAGAUCUUAUUUAUGAGAAAAGACCAAUUUGCUAACUAUGUAGAACUAAAACCAAAUGGCAACUUGCAUUUCGUCAACCGAAGCACAUUAGAAGAUGGUAAAAAGAAGCUCUUUGUAACCAUGUUCAUAAAAAAUGCUACUUUGGAGGACGACAGCCUGUUUGGUGCCCUGGGAAGAUAUGAGUGUCAUGCUUUCGCGGUGGGUGAUGCUGUCAAGAGUGGGAGGCAUGGCUUUAGCGUUAGCGUCAUCAAAAGAAGUGAAAUUCCCAAAGUUGUUGUUCCUGAUGUGAUUGACUUAGAGCAGAAUGAUGAUGUCACACUGACUUGCAAUUUGACUGAAAGAGGAAGCCCAUCUUCCACCCCACUGAAGAGGAUCUCAUGGGUGAAAGAUGGUGUGGUGCUGGACAGUGUGCGGAAUCCCAACCCGGGAGACCCUAGAGACAUGCUUAGUCCACUGAAAAUCAAAUAUGCCAGUAUCAGAGAUGGAGGGAACUACACCUGUCUGCUACAAGUGUUGUUACGAAACAUCAUAGAGUACAAUGUGACCGCUAGUACCGUUAUUCGUGUUUCCGUUUUUGGAAUUGUGGAGCCUUUUCCAGAGAACAUUUAUCCUAUUGAGUUCACCUCAGCGCAAGUAACCUGUGUUGCUUUUGAUGCAGCAGGAGUCAAGGUCCCCGAUAAGAUCGUAUUUAUGCGAAGAGAUAAAUUCAAUAGGUUUGUGGAACUAAAACCAAAUGGCAACUUGCAUUUCGAGAACGGAAGCACAUUUGAAGAUAGUAAAAAGAAACUCUUUGUAACCAUGUUCAUAAGAAAUGUAACAUUGGAUGACGACAGCCUGUUUGGUGUUCUGGGAAGAUACGAGUGUCAUGCUUUUGCGGUGGGUAAUGAUGUCCAGAGUGAGAGGCAUGGCUUUAGCGUUAGCGUCAUCACAAGAUAUGAAAUUCCCAGAGUUGUUGUCUCUGACAUCGGUGUCUUACAACACAAUGAUGACGUCACACUGAUCUGCAACUUGACUGAAAGAGGAAACCAAGCUUCCACCCCACUGAAAAGGAUUUCAUGGUUGAAAGAUGGUGUGGUGCUGAAAAGUGUGCGAAAUCCCGACCCGAGAGACCCUAGAGACACGCUUGGUCCACUAACCAUCAAAGACGUUGGUGUCAGAGAUGGAGGAAACUACACCUGUCUGCUACAAGUGCUGUUACGAAACAUCAGAGAAUACAAUGUGACCGCUAGCACUGUGAUUCACAUUGCGCCGUGGUUUGAACAUAAAGGCGAAAAAGAAGUCGUGGGGAAGACGGGAGAGACCGCGACACUGGAAUGCAGCGCCACAGGAUUUCCGCUGAAAGUGGAAUGGAAAUCUAAGCGCGGUGUUGUGUCUUGUAAUGAUUCCUCGGAGGAUCAACGUUACAGUAUCACACGCAAGGGAAGAUAUGACCCUUAUAGCAUGAUUAUCGCCGACCUGGAGACGACUGACAGUGGAAGUUACUAUUGUUGCCUGCCAUCAAAUUGUUCCACGCAGAUCGAUCAGGAUCGGUGUCAGAAGUUUGCCCUCACUGUGACAGUCGAAGAAAACCUAGAAAACCCAGAAGGUGGUGCGAUGACUUUGACAUCUCAUGGAAUGUUUGUCGUGAUGGCUUUCUUCAUGGUGUCAUCUCUUAUUUUGUAAAAUGACAAGAGGACAAACACCGAACGAAGAACGAAGAUGAUGUGCUAUGUUGCUCCACCCUCUAAACGAACGGAGUUUACUGUAUCUUGAGUGGCACGCAUGUUUAUUGCUAUAUUUUUUACAUAUAUGAUCAAGUUAGGAAAGGAUAUAGUGAAUGGAAAUAGUGAAUUACAGAUCAGUCUGUAUAACUGGUAUUAUCACGCAUGUGCCGUGUUAGGUAAAUACAGAACACAACAUAUCAAGGCCGUAGCUCGUGGCAGGCAAGCCGAGGCACUUGCCUCAGUCUUUUUUGCGUUUUUGUGGCUUAUAUUUAUCAUAAACACCCUAAAUACCUAGGAAGAGAAUUUAACCAUGAACAUAACAUCAGGCAGAAUUAUUUUUUAAGCCUUUUAACUACCACUCUGGGUUAUGGCUGCUCUUGAGCCGUAUUAUUUUAAGCCAAACAUGCUCUAAACUCCAAAAAUGAUAGCGGUGAAGAUAGUGAAGAGGAUAAUCGCUUGGAAAAAAUACAUUUUGCCGACCUUGUGAAGGAUGCAAAGUCAGUUGCAGGUUUUUCUCCUUCCUGCCUAUCAAGUCGGACGGAAUGACGUCACAGAGUGUAGUUCAAAGUGUAGAUGUAAGAGAAUUCAUUAACCUAAAAUUCAUGGCUGUAAAUAAUUGAAAAAGGAAUAAAGUUUUGUGGCUGUUGU